AUGACCGAAGUUGUCGAGAAGGUGCUUCUCGCAUUAAAGGGGAAUAACACGGACAAAAAAAUUGAAGCGAUUACAAAUUUAGAAGAUGAAUUAUUAGAGGAGACUCCACUGGAGCCACAAGAAAUUAAUCAGCUCGUACCAGCUUUGAAAGAUGCUCUCAAGGGCUCCCAACAGCAAGUUUCAUAUGCAGCACUGAUUUGUCUGAAUCCAUUUAUAUCUUUAAUAUCUGAAACACACCCUACAUUUCUUAAGGGUGUUGUUAUAGCUUUAGCAGCGGCAGUUAUAGAUAAACUAGGAGAUAAUAGAGACAAAGCAAGAGACGCAGCGUCAAAUGUUUUAUUGACUAUGUGGGAGACGGCCACGACGAAUGGUGGUAAUGCAAUUACAGGACCAUUAGCGACUAUAAUUAAAGAGACAGCUUACGGACAUAAACAAUGGAGAGUUCGCGAACAGAUUUUACAAUGGAUAGUGACAUCUACUAGGAGACGCUCAGAUUUUUCUAUAAAACAAUGGUUACCGUAUAUGGUAAAAUUAUUGGAAGACCCUCAUGAACAAGUGAGAGAAACUGCAAAAGACAGAAUAGUUUUACUUUUCAGUGGUGCAGCGACACAUGCAAAGUCAGAUCUUAAGCGCGAACUUGAGAAACAAUCAGUUCGUCCCGCAAUAGUAGAAUACAUAUUAUCAAAAAUGGGUUCUAAUGUUGAGAUAAGUGACGUUGAUGUUUAUCCUGAUAAUGUAACAGAGCCCACUGAGGAAGAUUAUAUGAGUGGUGGUACUCAGAAUGAAGAAAUACCGAAACCUAUGGAACAUGCUAUUAGACCUCCUAGUUCUGCUGAUAGUGAAGUUGGAUUAAUACAUGUCGAAAGUGCAAGAGAACUGGAAAAAGAGUUUCAAAACUUAUUGCCAACAUUCUCAGGAAAAGAAUCUGAACAAAAUUGGUUAAUUCGUGAGAAAGGGAUUAACAGACUAAGAUCUUUGACAAGAGGAGAAGCAUCACAAUAUCCGGAUAUAUUUAUAAAUGGGUUGAAAUUAAUUAUGGAUGGCAUUCUUUCAUCACUUGCAAGUUUACGAACAACACUUACAUUAGCUACAAGUGGAUUAAUUAAAGAUUUGGUAUCACACCUUAAAACAGCAAUGGACCCUUUUACUGAUAAUUUACUUGCAAGUUUAAUUAGAAUGGUUUCGUCAACAAAAAAAAUGGUAGCAAGAGCUGCUGCCAACUCUGCGAACGCAUUAUUGCAACAUUGUUCAUAUCAUGCUAGACUUGUAACUCAAAUUUGGCAUGCAAUGGAAGAUAAGAAUACUCAAUUACGAACUCAUGCUAUCGGAUUUGUGAAAACAGUUAUUCAAGCACAUGUUGAUCGAAGAGAUGCAAUGGAGCGAUCCGGUGGUGUAGAAUCACUAGAAAAAUGUGUUCGAAAGGGCUUAACUGAUGCUGCACCCAAAGUAAGAGAAGGAUGUCGUGAAGUUUUUUGGACAUUUUAUGAAGUCUGGCCAGAUAGAGGAGAAAAGAUUUUGAAAAAUUUGGAACCUGCAGUAAAAAAAAAGGUAGAACGCGAUCGAUCAAGAAAUAUUUCAAUAACAUCCUCACCAACGAUAACAUCAUCACCACCAAGACGAUCAAUAACACCCGCUCCAAGAGGUAGAUCUUCAAGUAUGGGUAAAUCAAGACGACUUAGUAUUCCACAAUCGGAUAGUAUUGCGAAUGACAAUCAAAUGCUAAAUGAUUCACCAAGAAACGUAAAAGAACCUCAAAAGUCUGCAAAGCCACAAGUAGCAUUGCGUUCAAAAUCUCCUGCACCACCUUCAAUGAGAAGUAAAUCCGCAAACAAUAUUUCGACAAUCAACAAUUCACCUACAAAAUCAUCUAUGAAGCCUUCAAGUUCUUCACAAAGCAAAAAAGGUUCGCCUAAUCCCCCACAAAUGCAACCCAGAGAGCUGACAAUUAUUGAACAAUUAGAACAUAGUGAUUGGAAUAUUCGACUUGAAGGAUUAUUUAAUGUGGCCCAAUCAGUAGUAAAAAGAUCAUUAGAACCAUCUCCAACAAACGAUUUCAAAAAAUCUGAUGAAGAAUUGUCUCCAGUAUUGCUAAAUAUGUUACAUGAUCCAAAUCUUAAAGUUAUCGAAACUUUUUUGGAUCCUAGUGUUAUUCCUGAAUUGGCAAGAGUUAUUCGUCUUGAAAAUUUAAUACCAAAGCUUUUAUUAAUUGUUAAUGACGAUAGUAAAUCGGAACAAUCGAUUUUAAUUCAAAAUCUUUUUCCUGGAGUGAAGAAUUCUAUCGGAAGCGAGUAUGCUCUUGGAGGUCUAAAUAAAUGUUUAUCAUUACUAAAUCCUGUAUUGACGCCAAAAAAAGCGUCUGCGGGACCUGUAUUUACAUUGCCACAAAAACGUAAAAUUUUGAACGGACUUCUAUUAUGGUUAAAUGAAAUAAUCGAACCAAAAUUAUCGAUUGUUGAAAAUGAGCAAGAGCUUACUGGAUAUUUAGGGGACUCUGAAAAAUAUAAACUUCUUACCAACCGAAUUAUUCCACUAGCAAAUAAUACCAAGGAGACAUCGGAGAAUUAUCAGCCUCUCAGCACGUUAUUGGUAAAUUUACAUAAAUUAAAUCCCGAUUCAUUUGAAACGAUCUUAUUUACUUUCGAUAACAAAAUAGUAGAUUUAGUAGGUAAUAUGGUUGGAUGGGAGGAAGAAUUAGAUGAAGCUGAAGAAGAAGUUUUAGCUGAGGAAGAAGCAAAGCUUAAGGAAGAACAAGAACGAGAAUGGGAACAACAGCAGUUAGAAAGGCGUAUGUAUGAGGAGCAAGUGAUUGCAGAACGGAAAGAGCAAUUAGAAAGACAACAACGUGAAAGAGAACUGAAAAAGCAACGCGAUCGUGAGGCACAAUUACAACGUGAACGUGAACUACAAGAACAACGUGAGCGUGAAAUACAGUUGCAAAAAGAACGAGAAUUGCAACAACAACGUGAACGUGAAUUACAGCAACAGCGAUUGCGUGAAUUACAACAGCAAAGACAAGAGCUCGAAUUACAAAAGCAAAAGGAGCGAGAAUUACAAAGACAACGUGAUCUUGAAUUGCAGCGACAGCGCGAAUUGGAAUUACAGCAACAGCGAGAGCUGGAAUUGCAGCAACGGCAACGCGAAUUUGAACUACAGCAAUUAGAAAUUCAAAAACAGCGCGAAUUUGAACUACAGCAAUUAGAAAUUCAAAAACAACGCGAAUUUGAACUACAGCAAUUAGAAAUUCAAAAACAACGCGAAUUUGAAGCUCAACAACAACGUGAGUUUGAACUUCAACAACAACGAGAGCUUGAAAUACAGCAGCAACGUGAAGCAGAAUUACAACAAUUACAACAACAGCGUGAAAUCGAAUUGCAACAGCAACACGAAUAUGAGUUACGUGAGCGUGAAUAUGAGAGAGAAAUGCAAUCACAUUUAUAUGCCCAGAGGCCUCCUCCAUUGCAGCUCCAGUCGUCAAAUAAAUUUCCACCUCAAGAUACCCGUAAAAAUAACAUAAAAGACAAUAUUAAUGAUUGGAUGGAAAAUCAAAGAGCACCACAUUUAAUGCAAAGAGAUGACUUACGAAAUCAAAAAGAAAUUUCGAAAGAACAAGAAUGGGCACGAAGAAACCGACCAAAAACUGCUGAACCUCAGUGGCCUGAUCCACAUGCAAGAGAUAUUGACAGAAUAAGGAGGACAAAAACUCCAACGAGAGAGAGUGAAUAUGAAAGGCGAAUGUAUAGAGACAGUGGUAAUUGGGAUGAAAGGGAAAGGCAUAUGUCUGAUGUAUAUGAAAAAGAUGAUAGAUAUGAAGAUAGGCGAAGAGAAUUUGAAUUGAAUGAGAGAGGUAGACGACCAGCAAAGGAUGAAAAAAGUCGAAUGUUUAGAGAAAAAACCCCUCAUAAGGAAAAUAGUUGGAGUGAAAGAGAUAGACGUAGAGAAUACGAAUACGAUGAAAAGGACAGGAGGGCACCCAGAGAAUUAAGGGAACAUGAAUUAGAUGGUAGGAAUCAACGAUUCCUAAGAGAUUUACGCGAAGAAGAAUGGGAUGGAAGAGAUAGACGUCCUUUCCCUAGGGGCUCUAACCAAAGCGAUUCAGAUGAAAGAUUAAAUGGAAAACGUUCGCUUAGAAGCUCAAAAUCAACUGAUUGGGAUGAUAAAGCUGAUCGACUUAUACCGAGAGAACGAGAUCUGAGAGAGAACGAUUGGGACGAAGUUAGUAGUCGAUCUUCUGGAAGAGAAAGAGAUUUAAGAGAUAAUGAUUGGGAAGAAAGAAGCGUUCGAUCAUUACCGAGAGACAUAAGAGAAAGUGACUGGGAUGAAAAAUCCAGUCAACCUUCUCCAAGGAGAGAUCAUGAAUGGGACGAUAGAAUGAAUAGACUUCGGCCGAAAGAGUCUAGGGAAAGUUUGGAAGGUAAAAAUACGAGGCCAUCCCCCAGAAUUUCGAAGGAGAAUGAGUGGGAUGAGAGAAGUUUAAAGGCAUCGCAGAAGGACCCACGUAGAAAUGACUGGGAUGAAAGAAAUAUUUAUCGUGACAAUGGCAAGACACCUGAACGAGGUUCUGAAUUGAUAAAUAAAGGUAGACGUAGGUCAAGAGAUAGUGAUUGGACUGAAAAUACAGAUAGACCAAGUGAAGGCCAUGAAGAAGAUGAAGAUACUAUAAGCGAGUUUGAUCUAAAUCAAUCUGAGAAAUUAAAUAUCAAAGAAAGAGACCAAAUGAAUAAACCAGCAGGUCGUAUUGUAUCGUUACCACCAUUACCACAUGAUUAUCAAGAGUUUGAUGAUAAGGAUCCCGAGCUAGAAAAUCUAAAGGAACUUGUAGAAAAACUGGAUAGAGAGGAAGAUAGUAUACAUGAGGAAAAUGUUCCGGAUAAUUUUGUUGACAUGACAAUAAGUCGACCAACGAGUAUCUUCAUUACCGAAGAUACGUGGGCUCAACUAGCGAAUACAUUGAAUGGUGGUAAUAUAAAUCCAUUAUAUUUGAAUCCCGAAGAACGAUUCAAAACCGAUAAUAAUGGAGUAGAUGCAAAAUUAGCACCAAUACAAGAAGUUGAAACUCCAGAACCGACGCAUAUUGAAGAAAAAUCCAAGUCCCUUGAUGAUGAUUCACUUCAAACAUCACCUCCCACUUCUCCAAUAAUUGAUUCACACGAUACAUUAGCUACAUCACCAAAACUGUCAAAUGUUUCAGAAACGGUUAUGGAACAACCUUCAGAGACAGUAUUACAAAAUACAGAUUCAGAAAUAAUAGAAGAAAUUUCAGCAACUGAUGUAUCAGUUGUUUCCCCGAAAAAUACUAUAUCUGUUCCAAAAGAAUCAUCACCUACUAAUAUGCCCAUAAACAAUAUUUCUGCAGUAGUUGAAGUACCAUCACCUGCAUCACCCGCAUCUUCUGUGGAUAGUGGUAAUUCUUCAAUAUUUGGUGCACGAGACAGAGCUUUAAGAAGAGCUCAACGUUUUAAUCCUGGGUCACCACUUCCUGGUGCUGCUCAAGAGAGACGUUUAUUGCUUGCGACAUUAUUGGCUCGCUUACAUGAUCACGAUACUGACGUCCAUUUAUUUCGCAAGCUAAUUAUAAUAUCCAAAGAGACGCCGUUAUCAAAUAAGGAAUUGGCGGAGGAUAUAUGGGAGAGUGGAGAUAGAUUUGUCGAGCUAAUCAAUGCAUUAAUGGGUUUCCUGAGUGAUUUAGAACAGCCAAAUAAUGAAUUAAAGGAGGGUGCAGUAAUUUUACUUGGACAAUUAAUUAAUAAUCAAUCAGAUUAUACCAGAAGUCAAGAAAGAGAUAUAUUAAGAGUCUUAUUAGAAUGUCGGGCUGAUCCAGCGGUAUGCGGACAGGCCGAUGAUAUUUUAGAUAAUUAUAUCCAGAUAGUAGAUGCUAAUGUCGGACUUUACGCAUUAAUUGAUAUAAUGGAAUCAAAUUUUUUUAAUACAUUCGGAAGUUCGUCGUUACCGAGUAGUAGCUCUCCACAAUUAGGAUCAAAGGCAAGCAUGAAAGGAUCUGCUUUUGUAGUUUUAUCAAAAUUGGUAAAAAGAUUUGAUAAAAAAUCGUUGGAAAGACAAGUUGGAAGUAUUGUGCCACUAACUAUCAAAGGGUUCAGCGAUCCAAAACCCGAAAUUCGAAAAUCGGUAGUCGAUGCACUUGUUGCAAUUUAUUCAGUAAUUGGGGACGAUAAUACAUUAUUCCAGUAUCUUGGUAGUUUAAACGCAGCUCAACAAAACCUUCUAAAUUAUUAUUUUGAUAAAAGUCGAAAACAGCAAAGAACCACGUCAUCACCUGGACGAGGAAUCCGAGUAUAA